UGUACCAGUUGCACAAUGUCAAGACCAUGGACAGCGACUUGUCACACCUGCAUCACAGCAGUUUUUAACCUUUGAGUGAUGGAUUACAGUCACACUGCAUCAGAAGAGUUGUGCCCAGUCUGUGGUGACAAAGUCUCUGGAUAUCACUAUGGGCUGCUCACCUGUGAAAGCUGCAAGGGAUUUUUUAAGAGGACUGUUCAAAACAAAAAGAGGUACAUGUGUGGAGAGACCCAGAAGUGUAGGAUUGACAAGGCCCAGAGGAAACGCUGUCCCUUCUGCAGAUUUCAGAAAUGUCUUGAAGUGGGGAUGCGACUAGAUGCUGUCCGUGCAGAUCGAAUGAGGGGGGGGCGGAAUAAGUUUGGACCCAUGUACAAACGGGACCGAGUCCUGAAGCAGCAACAGAAGGUUCAAGCAGAGCUUCCUAAGGUUACCCCUCAUGUUCAGACAGACUGCACUUACCCUGUCAGGUCUGGAAUAAUCUGCCCUUCUUCACUAACAGUUACCCCUGGUACUAACCAUGUUCACUUUGAGACCACCCAUACCAGGGAGCCACUAAAGCCUAGGGUCCCUCUGUUUGUGUUGGAGCUGGUGCGCUGUGAUCCUGAUGAGACUUUAUUACAGAAUAAGAUUAGACAGAGUUUACAGCAGCACAAACAUGGGCUGCCAAGCCUUUUCAGCCUCAUGUUCCUCCUGACUGAGCAAACUCUCCUCUCUAUGGUGGAGUGGGCCCGUACAUCUGUCUACUUCAGGCAACUCAAGGUAAGGGACCAAAUGACGCUACUCCACAACUGCUGGUCUGAGAUGCUGCUUCUUGACUUGAUCUCCAGACAAGUCCUAAAGGGAAAAGAGGGUCGGCUUCUUCUGAUCACUGGGCAUGAGAUUGAUUUUUCCAUGCUUGGAUGCCAUGCUGGUCCCAUUUUGUCCAGUCUCAUUAAAUUGGGUCAAGAGCUGAUUGGAAAAUUUCAGCUCCUUAAAGUGGAUCAACAGGAAUUUGUCUGCAUUAAGUAUCUUAUUAUUUUCAAUCCAGAAGGGAAACAACUUGAAAACCGUUUAUUCAUUGAGAGGGUCCAGUGGCAAGUCCGUGGGGCUUUGCUGGAGGCUGCUUCGUCCUCCCAGUGCUCAGCUCGUUUCACUCAGCUGCUUCAGUGUCUGUCCGAGAUACACUUAAUGAGCUGCCUGGCUGAAGACUAUCUAUGGAGCAAACAUGAGAGCGGAGAGGUGCACUGCAACAGCCUCCUCACUGAAAUGCUUCACGCCAAGAGGAGCAACGCAUAACUAUCAAUCCUUAUAGGCUACUUAAAGGUGUUCUAUGCGGCUUUUCUAAUGAGGGGCCCGCUACUUGCUUGUCUCUAUGUAGGUGUUAUUGAAAUUGACCUAGAAUGUUCCAUAGUAAAAAUUGACCUAGAAUGUUCCAUAGUAUGACAUUAAACCAAAAAAUCUAUUUUCAUAUAGUCAAACAUGAGAUGUCACUAAGGGCCACUUACAGACAGGUCUUUGGAGAGGAUGUUGAGAAGGCAUGUUUUUUGAGAUAUUGUAGCUAUAAAAUCACCUGUAAUAAUAAAUGCAUUUCAGGCAAGGAACUGUCUUCAUGAAGAUGUACACCUUAAUGCAUUGUAGUCAUUUUACAAUUGUUUUACUGUGUCAAGUGUUUUAGUCCUGCAAUCAGUUUAUUAAUUUCACCAAAUGUAAAAUUAUUUUUACAGUGUAACAAACUGUAUUCUAUUCUCUAUUGUCAGUCGUGAACAUGUGUGAGUUAAUUUGCUUAUUGUGACAUCUGAAUCUUUGGUCCAGGAAAAUAUUUUGGAAAAACACACAGGGUCAAGUCUCAGCCACCUGCUAUAACAAAACAAUUAAUCAACAUAAUGCAUUAACCUUUUGUUUGGAUUGGCCCUACCUGAUCCAAACAACUCUUCAUUAGAGCCAUGAUUGACCUGGCCUUGACAUAAACUGUUAUACAGGGCUCAGGGGUUUAUUUUUUGUAUUUAUUUUUUGAGACAGCAGAUUAAAACGCAAUAACAACAAUAAGGUCUAAGCUUACCAAGAAAUUUUAUUUUAAUAAUAAUAAAAAAUAAAUAAAUAAAUAAAAUUUAAA